CGAGGGCGGCCACCAGGCGGCGCUGCAGGCGCUGCUUUCCGCCGGCGCCGACCCCGACGCGGAAGACAGGUUCGGCAUGACGAGCCUGCACCGCGCGGCCGAGUGGGACCAGGCCGAGGUGGCCCGCCUGCUGCUGGGGGCCGGCGGAUCCGUGGACAGCCGCGAGCCGCUCUUCCAGAGGACGCCGCUGCACGUGGCGGCCGCGGAGGGACACGUGGCCGUCGCACGCGUGCUCGUCGACGCCGGGGCAGACGUGGAGGCUCGCGACAGCGACGGCCGCACCGCCCUGCAGGUGGCGGCGGCGAGCGGCGGAUCCGGCGUCGUGGCGCUGCUGUCGCCGGCAGCCGCCGGCCUGCCGCACGAGGAACCGGCGGCGCACGGUUGCGGCGACUUGCUGCUCGACGGCCCGGCCAAGGCUGCGCCGCAGCUGCUCGCCUGAUGACGUCACGCAGUAGACCAGCGUCUCGGCGGCAGCGAACUGCCUGCUGCGCGUGUUGUCACCGCGGCCAGGUUUUGCGUCACGAGGGUGCGGCCAGAGGCAACUUGCCCAACAGCUGGCCUUAAUACCAGGACGAUGUUUACUCCAGCACUCGUGCGAGUGUGUUCUUUAGACAGUCCGUUGAGUAGUGGAAGAUCUGUCCUGUUAUGAACAUCACUUGCAAGCAACAAUACGGUAGCUUUUCUUGAGAAUGAUAACCGUUUUCGUUGAAUUAUAGAACAUCCUUGGAUCAUACAGGCUGCAGAGAAACCAGUCCGUUUAUGCUGUAUGUAGAGCAUGCCUCAGUGCCUAUGCGCGAAGUUAGACUACAGCGAAAGACAUUUCAACGGUGCAGUGGCCGUAGAUCACUCCACGUCACGUUAUGCGAUGUUUUCCAAGUUCUGUAAGCACUACGUUUUUGUUGCAUCUUUAACACAGAAACUGAAAACGGAUCUGCAACAAUCUGACUUACAAACAAUCACAGAAUACAGUUUUAAGAAUGCUUUGUAGUCACAUAGAGAAGUUGUGGAUGGUACUACGAAUAUUGAUCAAGCUCCUCAAUCAUAUACUAUGCACAAUCAACGCUAGUAUUGCUUCAUGUGAACUGAAUAAUUUGUAUCAGUGGUUAAUGCAAGAAACAUGUAUAUGUGAAUAAAUUUCAUUACCAGCUAUUAUAA